CUGUUCUCAGGACAUGCCUCUCAACCAGCAGUCUACACUGUCACGAUAUGCUUUUCCAUCCUGUCUUGCGUGGUCGUCGGCCUGAGAUUGACCACUCGCCUGGCUAUUGUACGGCAGACUGGAUGGGAUGACGUUCUUAUUUCGCUUGCCUGCGUACGUAUGUUUCUUACCAGAUGGACCUGCUGUCUCUGCUCACAAGUCUUAGCAAAACACGGCAUGGGCCUCCACUUGCACUCGCUCACCCCCGAGCUGAUAGUGACGACAACGAAAUGGCUCUGGACCUUCUUUUGGCUCUACUAUGCCUCCUUGAGCUUUACCAAGCUGUCUCUUCUCCUGCAAUACCUGCGCAUCUUUCCACAUCCGAGGUUCGUUCGAGCCUGCCAUACACUCCUCGUGAUCGUCGCGGUCUGGUCAGUAUGGGCAGUGUUCAGCGGCAUCUUCAACUGCGCGCCGAUGUCACUGUUUUGGACCUCGUCCGUGUGGAACCCGCCCGGAUGCAUUCCUCGUCUGCCCCUGUGGUACUCUAACUCUGCGAUCAAUAUUGUCACGGACUUCGCUACCGCGCUGCUGCCCAUUCCAAUAAUCCACACUCUGGCAAUACCCAAGCGCCAGAAGAACAUGCUCUUGUGUGUUUUCGCAGCUGGACUAUUCACGUGCUUGGUAUCGAUCCUACGACUGAUAUACAUCUAUCCGCUGGCAGUCUCGCCAGAUGUGACCUGGGAUGCACCACUGGUAACCAUCUGGUCCUGCGUCGAGGCCAACACGGCCAUUCUGUGUGCUUGCGUGCCGACACUCAAGGGUCUCGUGCAGAGGUACUAUCCAAAGCUGCUCGACUCGGUGCGCUCGACGCCC